AUGCGCACCCAUCCAGCCCCAGCAGAAUGCGAAGUCAUCCAACCCGCCACCUCGCGCGGCCAAAUCCUCACGCCCCUCAUCCUCAUCCACGACGGCGGCGGCACGACCUUUGCCUACCACUGCCUCUCCCAGCUCGCGGGCCGCGCCGUCUUCGGUAUCGCAAACCCGCGGUUUCACUCCGGCGUGCCCUGGGAAGGCGGCGUCCCCGAGAUGGCGGCGGCGUACCUGCAAAUGAUUCGAAAUACGGUUACCAAGGGGAGGGAGUUCCCCGCCCAAGCGCCGUAUUCAUAUGUUACGACUGCUGAUGGAGGGAGGCUGAAAAGGAGGAGGAUUCUGUUGGGCGGGUGGAGUCUCGGCGGGCUGCUUUCGUUGGAGAUUGCGAGGUUGGUUGGGGAGGAGGAUCGCGAUAUUGAGAUUGUGGGGCUGCUCUUUGUGGAUAGCGUGUAUCCUGUCUGGCCCAAAGGUUCGGAGGUGAAGAUUGGGAGGUUUGUGGAGGAUGAGAAACUGGAGACGGAGGAGCCGAAGAAUGUGAGGCUUGCGAAGAGGGCGAUGAAGAUGGCGGGGCAGGUGGUGAGGGUGUGGAAGAUGCCGAGGUGCGGGGCUGCGGGUGAGGCCGACGUUGAGGUCCCCAAGGCCGUUGGGUAUGGUGAUGCCGAUGAGAGGACUGCUGUGGAAAGGGAGAGCGCCACCGGCGGCGACGACGUGGAGAAGGACUUUUACGUCUCCAAGGAGGAGAAGGAGACGGCGGAGGUCAUGUGGGAGAGGCCGCCAAGAGCUGUGCUUGUCAAGGCUAAGGAGCAUGUUCCGAUGCCGGUCGAGGGCAUCAGCUCCGUGGAUGUGUAUCGAGGAGAUGAGAAGCUUGGGUGGGAUGGGUAUUGCCCUGGGUUUGUGGAGGAGGUGUUGUUGACGGAGGGGAGCCAUUUUGAUAUGUUUGCUUGGACGAACUGUGAUGGGAUUACUGACAAGAUUAACGAGGCUUGUCGGAUCUUGGAGGGAGCUGUUAUAUGA